AUGGCUCUGUCCCAGGAACUGUUGACGUUCAGGGAUGUGGCCGUAGAGUUCUCUCAGGAGGAGUGGGACUGUCUGACCCCUGCUCAGAAGGUUCUGUACUGGGACGUGAUGUUGGAGAACUACAGGAACCUGCUCUCCCUUGAAGUCUCUCUCUCUGAGAUGAAUCUUCUCUCCAUGUUGAAGAACAGGACAGAGCCCUGGGCUGUGGAGAACAAGGUGACAAUAGUGAAAAACCCAGGUAGGUGGGAAUGUAUGAAAACAUAUGGCGAGGUGACUGGCUUUGAGAGGGAUGAGGAGGGCUCUUUCAAAGGGGUCUUCUUGCCCUUUUGGAUUGAGGAAUUACCACCAAAAGAGAUUGCUGAUAAAGGAGAAUUAUUGGAGACAGUGAUGUCGGAAAGACACGAAAGUUAUGGCCUUGAGAAUUUUGACUCCAGGCAGGUCAGGGAAAACAUGCCAGAGUUUGAGAGUCAGUGGGGUGAUGGCGAAAGAAAUGACAAUGGAGUGACCAUAACCUCUAACAAAGAUCUCACUGUUAUAAGAGACCCACAUACUAGAAGAGAUGAGGGAAAUGAGUACAUGACAUGUUUUGAAAAUAAGAUUGGACUCAGCUUUCAGUCACAACUGCCUGAACUGCAGCACACAUUUCAAACUGAAGAGAAAAUGUAUGGAUAUAAUCAAGUGGAGAAGUCUGUCAACACUGGUUCUUUAGUCUCACCGUUGGGAAGAAGCCCUCCUAGUAUCAAAACCAGCAUCUUCAAUGAAUAUGGGGAGGUUUUCAUGCAUCCUUCGUUACUCACACAACAUCAGAACACUCACAUUACAGAACAGCUUUACAACUAUAAUGAAUGUGAUGGAAUGGAUUUCAGCCAAACAUCUGUGUUUACUAAUCUUCAGGGAAUUCAUUCUGUGCAGACACUUUACAACGGUAAUGAGUGCAACAAAGCCUUUAAGUGUGGAUCAAACAUCACUAAUAAUACCAGAGAGACACCGUAUAAAUGUGAGGUAUGUGGCAAGUUCUUUCGUCAGAAUUCAAACUUGGCCAAUCAUCUGAGAAUUCAUACUGGGGAGAAACCUUACAAAUGCAGUGAGUGUGGGAAAGCCUUCAGGUGGCGCUCUGUUCUCACCAAACAUCAGAGAAUCCAUACCGGAGAGAAACCAUACAAGUGCAUUGUGUGUGGCAAGGCUUUUAUCCAAAGAGCAAACCUUGUGAAACACCAUCGAAUUCACACUGGAGAGAAACCUUACAAAUGUAAUGAGUGUGGGAAGGCUUUUAUCAAUAAUUCAAGCCUCGUAGAACAUCAGAGAAUUCAUACUGGAGAGAAACCUUACAAAUGUAAUGAUUGUGGCAAAGCCUUUAAGUGGGGCUCAAAUCUCACCAGCCAUCUGAGAACCCACAAUGGAGAAAAAUUAUUUAAAUGUAAUGUGUGUGGCAAGUUCUUCAGUCAAAAUUCAAGCCUCAUAACUCAUUACAGAAUCCAUACUGGAGAGAAACCUUAUGAGUGUAGCUAUUGUGGUAAGGCUUUUAUCCAUAACUCAAGCCUUGUGGAACAUCAGAGAAUUCAUACUGGAGAGAAGCCUUACAAAUGUAAUCAAUGUAGCAAAACUUUUAAGUGGGGAUCGGUCUUCGCUAAACAUCAGAGAAUCCAUACUGGAGAAAAGCCAUAUAAAUGUAAUGUAUGUGGCAAGCUCUUUACUCAGAGUUCAAGCCUUACGACUCAUUAUAGAAUUCAUACCGGAGAGAAACCUUAUGAAUGUAAUGAAUGUGGCCAGGCUUUUAUUCACAGUUCAAGCCUCGUGUACCAUCAGAGAGUUCACUUUGGAGAGAAACAGUACAAACGUAUUGGCUAUGGCCAGGCUUAUGCCCAAAAUGCAAGCUUUAUGGAGCAUCAAAUUCACAGUGGAGAAGGACCUUACAGAUGUGAUGGAUGUGGUAAGGAAUUCAUGGAUUCAUACCAGUUGGUUCAGGAGAGAAUUCACACUGGAGAGAAAAUUUACAAAUGUAACGAGUGUUGGAAAGCCUUAAAUGUGGCCCUUCUCACUGGAUAUCAGAGAAUCCAUUAUAGAGCAAAAUUAUAUAGAUGUAAAGUUUGUGGCAGAAUCCCUGAGUGA